UUUCUGAAUAUUUGUUUAAGUUAAUGGUUUAUUUCAAUGUCAUUUCCUGCAAAUAUGUUAUCAAAAUGAAAGGACUGAAACCAUAAAAAUGUGGAUUUUUAGAAAAAUUUCGAUUGGAAGAGAGAAAUAGAUUUGCAGAUGAUAGGUUAAGGCUACUAGAUGUUAUAGGUACUUUUGAAAAUAUUGAGUUUAUCUAUAUUAUUAGUUCCUGUAUUGUUGGGGAAGAACUAAUAAAUUCCUGUAACCUUCUAGAGCAUCAAUCAUGUUUCCUGAAAAUGAUCCAAUCUUUAUGGGACCCGGAAACUAUUAAAGUAAAAUUCAAUAUCAUCAUCAAACUAUUUAUACAGCGAUUAAUUCGUGUUGAAAAAGAGUGACAGAUUUCGAGCGUACAGUGUAUGUACAAAUCAUUCAUCAAACCUGUCAUAAUGGUCAAUUUAAUUCUGAAUAUUCUUAUUUUACUUACAACAUCUUAUCUGGCCGUGGACUGUGUGGAAAUCAUUUCUACGCCAAGUCUGGUGUUGCAUGAAUGCAUUCAAUGCCCAGGAAAAGACGAUUUGCCGGUUGUUUUGAAAGACACAGUCCUCAACCAGGUCUCUCCCUUCCAUAUCGACUUUUCCGGAAAGAUUUUGGUCCGAGAAGAGCUGGAUGAUCCUAUGAGUAUGAAAAUGAUACUGAGCAAGUGCAAGUCAAAAGCGGAUUCAACAUGCGAACACUACACGACUCUCAAAUUUGAAGGAGUUUGCGGUUUCGUGUCUAAAUGGAAGUCAUUCUUUGGAAACAACACACUACCUUCCAGCUGCCCUUACCCAGCGGGAGAGUAUGAAAUGAGACACGGAAAAAUCACAAAAGAUAUGAUGCAGAUGAUGCCGCUUUCUGAUUCGACCUGGAAGGUGGUCUCCAAAGGCUUCAAGGAUGACAGAAUGAUAGCUUGUUCUGUGAUGAGAUUUUCAAUCAAGAGAGAAGCAAGAAAGAAGAAGGACUAAGCAUUCAAUUUUAUCUUUGAAUAUGCAAGCUAAGGUGGAGGAAGAGAAUCCAGAACUUUGUAAAUGUAAAGUUGAUAACUUGACAAAUAAAAUAAUCUGCAACUGAA